UAAGAAAUAUCCUAAUGUUCGGAUUUAAGUGACACUCUGAGUCCUGAACAAUGAAUGACCAGCAGCUGGACUGCACUCUUGACCUGAUGCGGCAUCUGCUGCCUCAGCAGAUAGAGAAGAACUUGAGUGACCUCAUUGAUUUGGUGCCCAGUCUGUGUGAGGAUUUGCUGUCUUCAGGAGAUCAACCACUGAAAAUUGCUCAUGACAAGUCUGUGGCAAAGGACUACUUGCUUUGUGACUACAACAGAGAUGGUGACUCUUACCGGUCUCCUUGGAGUAAUUGUAAGUAUGAUCCACCAAUCUAGGAUGGUGCCAUGCCCUCUGCCCAUUUGAGUAAAUUGAAGAUUGAGGCAAAUAAUGCAUUUGACCAGUACAGAGAUUUGUAUUUCGAAGGAGGUGUAUCCUCUGUGUAUCUCUGGGAUCUGGAUCAUGGAUUUGCUGUAGUAAUUCUUAUCAAAAAGGUUGGGGAUGGCUCCAAAAAGAUCAAGGGAUGCUGGGAUUCAAUUCAUGUGGUAGAAGUGCAGGAAAAGUUCAGUGGUCGCAUGGCCCACUACAAACUUACAUCCACAGUUAUGUUGUGGUUACAGACCACCAAGACUGGCUCAGGAACAAUGAAUAUGGGUGGAAGUCUAACAAGACAGAUGGAGAAGGAUGAGACUCUUAGUGACACUUCUCCACACGUAGCUAACAUUGGGCAACUUGUGGAGGACAUGGAAAAUAAGAUCUGAAGUACUUUGAAUGAGAUAUAUUUUGGGAAAACAAAAGACAUUGACAAUGGCCUGAGGAGUGUUCGGACAAUGGCAGACAAAUCCAGGCAAGAUGCUCUCAAGGAUGACUUGAUGAAGGCCUUGAAGGGCAAGCAGCAAAGUUAGAAAUAACCAUCUUGUAUGUCCACUCCUCUAUUUCCCCUUGCUACACACUCUUGCACUUUAGGAAAAGCCCAAUGGUGCACCUUCACACACAGGACCCUUUUCUUCCUUUUCACCCUGUCUGUCUUUUUAAAUUGUAAUUAAUGGCUCAGCACUGUGUUCUUGUAUAUUGAAAUAAUUUCUUAAAAAAAAAUGACAGUUG